AAUAUUUUGCGUUCGACUGUCGGACUGGAAAAAAAAAGAAGCUGAUCUGGUUAAAUUCUGAAAGUUCAUCCCAGAUUGAUAUAAAUAACAAAACACACGUUUCGUUUUCAUAGAACUUUGUGUAAAAAGAGAUGAUUUUAAGAAAGAUAACUUUUGUGUUGAAUGAGGUGAAACAUCUACCAACAUGGUGUGUGUACCGACAGCUUUCUGUAAAAGGAAAAGGGGCCUCACAAUUUGGAGACACAAUAAAAGUUUUUCAUAGAAAUUAUCCUACAGAUAUGUUCACUAAUGUAACACCUAGUAUCUUAUCGAAACUUGGUGAAAAUUUACACAAGAAGCAAUGUAACCCUUUAAAUCUGAUACGACAAAGGAUUGAGGAUUUCUUUUAUAAACAUUAUGUAACAAGAGUAGGAAAUCCCAUUUUCUCUAUCUAUGACAAUAUGAGUCCAGUUGUUAGCUUAGAACAGAAUUUUGAUAGUUUACUUGUACCUAAAGAUCAUGUUAGUCGAUCAUUAUCAGACAGUUAUUAUAUUAAUAUGGAGUAUAUGUUGAGAGCUCAUACAUCAGCUCAUCAGAGUGAUUUAAUUAAAUCUGGUUUAGAUGCUUUCUUAGUUAUUGGUGAUGUUUAUAGAAGAGAUGCUAUAGAUAGUACACACUAUCCUGUGUUUCACCAAGCAGAAGGUGUGCGUUUGUUUAAUCAAUUUCAGUUAUUUUCUGAAGUAAGGGAUCCCACUGAUUUAAAACUCUUUGAGAAUGGAGUAAAAACAGAUGAUAAACAAGCAGAACUAACUUUUGAUGCUACUAAACUUCUAGAAUUUAGUCUGAAGAAAACCUUACAAGAUUUAACAGUUUUUUUAUUUGGCCAAGAUUUAGAGAUGAAAUGGGUUGAAGCCUACUUUCCUUUUACACAUCCAUCAUGGGAGCUAGAAAUUAAAUAUCAAGGUCAAUGGAUGGAAAUGUUGGGAUGUGGAAUAAUGGAACAGAGAAUAUUAAAAGAUGCUGGAGCAGGUGAUAAAGUUGGAUGGGCAUUUGGAUUAGGGUUAGAGAGAUUAGCUAUGAAACUGUAUUCAAUACCUGAUAUAAGAUUAUUUUGGAGUAAUGAUAUUGGCUUUACCUCUCAGUUUGAUGUUGAUAACGCAGCCACACCUAUUACGUACAAGCCUGUCAGUAACUUUCCUCACUGUAUCAAUGAUAUAUCGUUCUGGGUGCCUGAAGGUUUUCAAUCAAAUGAUUUUUAUGAUCUAGUUCGAACUGUUGGUGGAGAUCUUAUUGAACAAGUCAAUCAUACAGAUGACUUUAUUCAUCCUAAAACUAAUCGUAGAAGCCAUUGUUAUCGUAUAAUGUACAGACACAUGGAAAAAACACUAACUCAAGCCGAAGUCAAUGAUCUUCAUAAUAAGAUUAGCGAGAUGGCAAAAAGUGACCUGGGAGUAGAAAUACGGUGAAUUACAUGUUUUCUAUCAGAAUUGCUGCAUGAAAGGGAAAUGUGAGAAAAAUUAAUAAAAAUAUUUUGUUAGAAAAUUUAAGAACGGAUGUUGCAUAUUGAUAACUAAGUGUAAUGGUAUUGAUCAUCAGUUGCUUAUUAAUUUCAAGUUCUAGUGGAUAUAAUUACAUUGUAAGCUGUUAAACAGUUUUACCACUGCUAGUAAAGUAUGUUAUUAUGAUUGUUAUUUAUUAAUUAUGUUAUAUUCUGUACUAUAUGAACCAGUCUACUUAAAAAUAUUUGGUUUCUUUUUCAUUUUUAUGCAACCACAUUUGGCUAAGUGGGUAAGACGCUGGCUCGCUAGCCUGGAGGUCUGGUGUUCGAUCCCUGCAUUGGGCGAGAAAGUUCAUCCAGAUUUUCCGGCGUUGUUCCCACUUGUCACUGAUGCAGGACGGAGGGCCUAACAAUGACAGCUGUCUAGUCGUUCGGAUGUGACGAAAAAACGAAGUCCCGUGUACACAUUGGCGUGCACGUAAAAGAUCCCUUGGCAGUUGGACGCGAUAAAAGAGUAGGCCGUAGUGCCGCUGUCCGGUCAAAAUUUCCCUCAUAGCACUCUGUAUGGUGUAUGCCCGUCUUCAUUAGCCCAGUUCUGAGCAGAACAGUAGGAUGUUAAAAAGCCCCUUUUCCCGAAAAACUUAUGAAAGUGAUAGAGGCUAUAGAUUUUGUUGGAUUCUUUUCAAAUUAGGUGUGAAGCAUUGUGGUCAUGAGAGGACGUACCCUAUCGAUUUUCAGCAUUCUGAGUUAUCCCUCCUUUGCCGAAUCGGUGUGAAUGUGAUAGGGGCUAUAAAUGUUAACAGGUUUUUUUUUAAUUUGGUUGGAAGAAAUGGGGUCAUAAGAGGAUGAACCCUAGUUAUUAGAUUUUUUUCGAGGAUCCUAGAUCCUUGUCAAAUAUGCUGAACAUCCAAGUUUUCCAUUCCACACUUUUCAUGGCUAUCUUUGAUAAUUGCCUCCAGAGUUAUGCCUCUUUGUUACAAUUUCUUGAAAGAACUUAUAGGUUACAAUUAUUAACCUAUCUGUUUGAAAUUGAUGUUGGUUGUCUAUCCUAUUGAAAAUAAGAAACAUAUCCAUUUUCAUUGAUUUUUGAUGAUAGUUAUGCCACUAUGUUAUGAAAUCUGUCUGUUUGUAUGUAGAUGUGGUUCGCAGUAUUCUAGAGGCUACAAUAAUCCAUAUUUUUUUUUUUUAAAUUGAUAGGGAUUGUCUAUUUUAUGGAAACAAAGACUUUCAGUAAUUUUCAAUAAUCACGUUUAUUAACAAAUAUUUUUGAAAUUCAUGUUAGCUGUCUAUCUUGUUUAAUGAACUGUUACACGAUAUAUGUUUUCUGUACCUGAUAUCUGCUAUUAAAUAUAAUACAAACUAAAAUAGCAAGAUGAUAGUUUAUAUUUAUAUAAUGGAGGUGGAAUGUUCAUUUAGAAAAAAUGGUCACGUUUUGGCAUAUGCACGUUUGGUAAUGAAAAUUCUGCAUUUGGCAUUAACCAACAGUUUAAUUGCCCCCAAUCAUGAUCACGUACAUGCAUAUCUGUAGUAAAAUUAAUUUGGUGGUGUAAUAUUUAAUUUGUUAUUAAAUUAAUUUCAAAAGCAUCUAAUCAGUAAAUAUAUGAAUAAGUUUGACGUAUGAUUAGAACAAAAAUCAACUGUAUAAAAAUAAAACUUAAAGCAUUCAACACAAUGUGGGCGUACCUUUACAUUUGAUAGACUUUCUACAAGAUAACGUGAGUUACAUAAUACAGGAUAUACGUGACCUGUAGAAAUAGGGUCAUUAUUAACUGUGGUCAAUCGGCUGUUCCAUUAUCAAAAUAUAGACGUUUCUAAUUGAAAAAAUUUACCCACAAUGACGCUUUCAAUAGACUAUUCUUAUCAUGGCUAAAUUGGGCAAAAUCUGAUUAAUCACCAAAUUGAUUCCAGACGGAUCCGAUUUGCUGUCUUUUGCGGCAGGGGAAUCGGCUGGGCGAUCAAGAUAUAUAUAUAUAUAAAACAGCCCUUCUUGAAGCAACGCUUGAUCGAUCGACAGUAUCAAAAACAAAGCUAAAAUAUUGCAGAAUAGAAAAAUGUUUUAUUUUUAUUAUCUAACUCGGUUGUGUUCAUAAACAAGAACAAGUGAUGUUUCUUCCACUGGCCAUAGUUUGUACAUGGACUGAUAUUUCUUGAAAUCAAUAUGUUAUUUUUUUAUAUAAUAAACUAUUAAGAAAAAACAAACAAAAUACUAUCAAAUGUAAGUGCGCGUUCAGGUAUCAUUUAAAUGAAUAUAGUAAAACACUACCGUGCAUUCUAAUUCAAAAUGUAUUCAGAUAAUACCUAUUUUAAACCAAUCUGAUUAAAAAAACAGAGCUAUA